GGUUCUGUGGCGGGAAAGGUUUCUGUGUUUGGCGCUAAGCGGGAGCGCGGCGGCUGCCCGGGGGAACCGGGUCACGUUAACGGGGUCGCGGUCGCUACUGGGGCCGGUCCGGCUUCCCCCGGCUCCUCUCGGUUUCCCCCCUCACAGCAGCGGCCAGAUCUCCGCGGCUCCCCCGGCGUCCCGGAGCGGUGGGCAGCAUGGCGGCGACGGGCGUGCUGGAGGACGCGGAGCUGCGGGAAGCGCAACGUGACUACCUCGAUUUCCUGGAUGAUGAGGAAGACCAAGGGAUUUACUCUAGCAAGGUCCGGGAAAUGAUCAGCGACAACCGGUACCGCCUCCUUGUCAGCAUCAACGACCUGCGGCGGAAGAACGAGAAGAGGGCCAACCGGCUCUUGAACAAUGCCUUUGGGGAGCUGGUCGCUUUCCAGCGUGCCUUAAAGGAUUUUGUUGCCUCUGUUGAUGCCACCUAUGCCAAGCAGUUCGAGGACUUCUACAUUGGGCUGGAGGGCAGCUUCGGCUCCAAGCACGUGUCACCGCGGACGCUGACAGCCUGUUUCCUUAGCUGCAUUGUCUGUGUGGAGGGCAUCGUGACCAAAUGCUCUCUGGUUCGUCCAAAGAUCGUCCGGAGUGUCCAUUAUUGCCCAGCUACCAAGAAGACUAUUGAGCGCCGGUACACGGAUUUGACCUCCCUGGAGGCUUUCCCAUCCAGCUUCUUCUACCCUACAAAGGAUGAAGAGAAUAACCCCCUGGAGACCGAGUUUGGCCUCUCGGUCUACAAAGACCAUCAGACUAUCACCAUCCAGGAGAUGCCUGAGAAGGCACCAGCAGGUCAGCUGCCACGCUCAGUGGAUGUUGUUCUGGAUGAUGACCUGGUAGACAAGGUGAAGCCUGGAGACCGCAUCCAGGUGGUGGGGACGUACCGCUGCCUGCCAGGAAAGAAAGGGGGUUACACAUCAGGGACUUUCAGGACUAUCCUUAUUGCCUGCCACGUGAAGCAGAUGAACAAAGAUGUCCGGCCUCUCUACUCUGCUGCUGAUGUAGCCAAGAUCAAGAGAUUCAGCAAGAGUCACUCCAAGGAUAUCUUUAACCAACUGGCGAAAUCCCUGGCUCCCAGCAUCCAUGGGCACGAGUACAUCAAGAAGGCCCUUCUCUGCAUGCUGCUCGGAGGGGUGGAGAAGGUCCUGGAUAAUGGGAGCCGCAUCCGAGGAGACAUCAACAUCUUGCUGAUAGGAGACCCUUCUGUUGCCAAGUCUCAGCUGCUACGGUACGUGCUCUGCACUGCGCCCCGCGCUGUCGCCACCACCGGCAGAGGCUCCUCUGGUGUUGGCCUGACUGCUGCUGUCACCACAGACCAAGAAACCGGUGAACGGCGCCUGGAAGCAGGGGCCAUGGUGCUGGCUGACCGAGGGGUGGUAUGCAUUGAUGAGUUCGACAAGAUGUCUGAUAUUGACCGCACAGCCAUCCAUGAGGUGAUGGAGCAGGGCCGCGUCACCAUCGCCAAGGCUGGCAUCCAUGCCCGCCUCAACUCCCGCUGCAGUGUCCUGGCGGCAGCCAACCCUGUCUACGGCCGGUAUGACCAAUACAAGACACCUAUGGAGAACAUUGGCCUGCAGGACUCCUUGCUCUCCCGCUUUGACCUGCUCUUCAUUGUGCUAGACCAGAUGGACUCUGAGCAGGACAGGGAGGUCUCGGACCAUGUCUUGCGGAUGCACCGCUACCGCAAACCCAACGAGCAGGAUGGGGAUGCCAUGCCUCUGGGCAGUGCUGUGGAGAUCCUGGCUACAGAGGACCCCGACUUUGCGCAGGAGGAGGAACAGGAGCUCCAAGUGUACGAGAAAUACAAUGACCUCCUGCACGGGCCCCACCGCCGCAGGGAGAAAAUUGUCAGCAUGGAGUUCAUGAGGAAGUACAUCCACGUAGCAAAGAUGAUUAAGCCUGUCUUGACCGAGGAGUCAGCGAGCUAUAUAGCAGAGGAGUACUCCCGCCUGCGCAGCCAGGAGCAGAUGAACUCAGACAUCGCCAUGACCUCUCCUGUCACAGCUCGUACCCUGGAGACCCUUAUCCGCCUCUCCACAGCCCAUGCCAAGGCCAGGAUGAGCAAGACUGUUGAUCUGCAGGAUGCUGAGGCAGCUUUGGAGCUGGUGCAGUUUGCCUACUUCAAAAAGGUGCUGGAGAAGGAGAAGAAGCGCAAAAAGCAGACAGAGGACGACUCGGAGACUGAGAAGGAGGAUGAGGAGUCACAGCCCAAGGAGGAGCGCAAGACGAGGAGGACAAAGAAGGCACGCACAGGGGACGAGGGGGACUCCUAUGACCCAUACGAUUUCAGUGAUGCCGAGGAGGAGAUGCCAGAAGUUCAGGCACACACUCCAAAGACACCCGAAGCCUCAGCCGCUGGGGAAGCCAAGAAGCCGGAGCUGGCUGAGCCGAGGUUGAAGGCAUUCAAGGCUCGUCUUCUGGAGGUUUUCAAGGCUUCCCAUGCCCAGUCUGUGGGUCUGAAGAACAUGAUGGAGUCCAUCAACCGCGACAACCCUGAGCCCUUCUCGCAGGAUGAGGUGAAGGUGGCGUUGGCCCACAUGCAAGAUGACAACCAGAUCAUGGUGUCUGAUGACAUUAUCUUCUUAAUCUGACCAUCUGGGUGGAAGAGCCCAAAUUCCUAUGGACUGUCAGUCUGGAGACUCUUUGUGCUUGCCUUUAACUCCUGAAUGCUUCCUCUGGCUGAGCUGAACUCUGGGGAGCUCAAGUCUGUGCACUUUACAGUCUUCCAUCAUUGCUGGCACCAAAAGAAGCCAGGAGCUCUGGAAGCAAUCUUACUGUUGCUGUCUUCAGACUGGCUUAUUUGGGAAGAGGUUUGUUUCUGCAAGGAGCCAAGAGGAAAAACUUAAGUGCAAAGUAUCAGUGUUUUUUAAUGUAUCGUGUUUAUCUCUGGUGAUAAUGGUUCCAGCCUUUGAAUAAGAAAGUAUGGAUUUAGGAA